CCCAGCUACGUUCUUCCGAGGGGCGGAGGGAAGUCAAGUUGCAGUUUGUCAGUUUUCUCUUGGAAGAAAUGGAGGGAGGGGAGGUUUGAACAGCAAGAGACUUGCAGCCAUGCUGCAGAAAGCGAACGUGUGGCUGGUGUGGGCCACGUGUGCCCAGGGCAACCACGCGGGGACACAGGGGGUCUCGUAUCUUCCUCACAGGCCACUGACCUGCACCCAGCCGACAUCAACGGGAAAGCCGAUCCCUAUAUCGCCAUCAAGCUGGGCAAGACGGACAUCAAAGACAAGGAGAACUACAUCUCCAAGCAGCUCAACCCCAUCUUCGGGAAGUCGUUCGACAUUGAGGCCACCUGCCCCAUGGAGUCCCUGCUGACGGUGGCCGCGUACGACUGGGACCUGGUGGGCUCUGACGACCUGAUCGCGGAGACCAAGAUCGACCUGGAGAAACGAUACUACAGCAAGCACCGGGCCACCUGUGGCAUCUCACAGACCUCCUCCCCCCACGGCUACAACCUGUGGCGAGACCCCGGGAGGCCCACACAGAUCCUCGCCAAGCUGUGCAGAGACGGCAAGGUGGACAGGCCCCACUACGGCCCCGGAGGGCGGGUGAAAGUCGCCAACCGGGUCUUCACCGGCCCCAGGGAGAUGGAGGAUGAAAACGGUCAGAAGAAGCAGACGGACGAGCACCUGGCCCUGGCAGUGCUGCGCCACUGGGAGGAGAUCCCCCGUGUGGGCUGCAAACUCGUCCCGGAGCACGUGGAGACGCGGCCGCUGCUGAAUCCCGAGAAGCCUGGCAUCGAACAGGACCGGCUGGAGAUGUGGGUGGACAUGUUCCCCAUGGAUAUGCCGGCACCUGGCCCCGCCAUCGACAUCUCUCCCAGGAAGCUGAAGAGAUAUGAGCUUCGAGUGAUAAUGUGGAACACGGAUGAGGUAAUCCUGGAGGACGAUGAGUUCUUCACUGGGGAGAAAUCCAGUGACAUUUUUGUCAGGGGGUGGCUGAAGGGCCAGCAAGAGGACAAGCAGGACACGGACGUGCACUACCACUCGCUCACGGGCGAGGGCAACUUCAACUGGCGCUACGUCUUCCCCUUCGACUACCUGAUGGCGGAGGAGAAGAUCGUCAUCUCCAAGAAGGAGUCCAUGUUCUCCUGGGACGAGACCGAGUACAAGAUCCCGGCUCGCCUCACCCUGCAAGUCUGGGACGCCGACCACUUCUCUGCUGACGACUUCCUUGGGGCGAUCGAGCUGGACCUGAACCCGCGCGGCGCCAAGACGGCGAAGCAGUGCAGCAUGGACAUGGUGACCAACGAGGGCGACCUGCCCCUGGUCUCCAUCUUCAAGCAGAAGAGGGUGAAGGGCUGGUGGCCCUUCGUGGCCCGGAAUGAGAACGACGAGCCGGAGCUCACGGGCAAGGUGGAGGCCGAGCUGCACCUGCUGACAGCGGAGGAGGAGGAGAAAUCCCCCGCGGGGCUGGCCUGCAACGAGCCCGACCCGCUGGAGAAACCCAAGUAAGUGACGGGGCGGCGAGGGGACCGACAAACGUCACGCCUGAGCCUGCGG